AUGAAUGAAAAUAAUAAAGCAAAUUGGCAAAAAAUAAUACAGAAAAAAAUGUCAAGUUUUGAUAGUAAAAAUGUGGAAAGAGCAAAUUCUGAAAAUAUAUCACUAGAUAAUAAAAAUGUAGAUCAACAUCCUAUAAAUAAUUUAUUUACACGAUUAGAAAAAAGUGAAGAGGUUGUUGUUAAUAAAGAAGUACACAAAACAGAAAAUUUAACAGGAAGUAAAUUAAAAAUUUUUAUUAACGAACAGGGGACUAUUACAUUAAAGCCUUCUAGUAAGCUUCUUGCUAGUAUUCUUUUUGAAUUAGAAGAUACAGUUUAUGAUAUUAAAAAUAACGAAUGGAAGAUUACACACAUCGACUAUAACAAAAUCAAAAAGAAACUAAAAAGUGCUAAAUUCAUAUUUAAAGACAUUCCUAAAGGAUCUCUUAAUAUAUUAAAUCGACCAAUAAUUAAUAAAUCUUAUGAUCUUGAAGGAGAGAUUUAUGAUAAAAUGUUUGUAUUUCAAAAGGAAGCUGUGAUAUAUGCUUUAAAUCGUGCAGGAAGAAUAAUUUUAGGUGAUGAUAUGGGUCUUGGAAAAACGAUCCAAGCACUUGGUAUAGCUUACUAUUACAGAAUAGAAUGGCCACUUCUUAUUAUAGCACCUGCCUCUUUAUUAGACAACUGGGCCGCUUCUAUUAAGCAAUUUCUAAAUUUAGAUUCUAAAGUAGUUAGGGCGCGCACGGAUUUCGGAGAUAAAAUUUCUAUUAUAAGUUAUGACAUGUGUAGUAAGUUUAUAGACAUAGUAAAUACUUAUAAUUACGGUGUAAUUAUUGUAGAUGAAUGUCACUAUAUAAAAUCUGCUACUAGCAAACGUACUAAAAAUAUUUUGCCAAUUUUACAGAAUGCAGGAAGACUUAUUCUGAUGUCUGGAACACCUGCUGUAAGUCGACCAUUAGAAUUGUACACAAUAUUUUGUGCGGUCGAUAAAAAUCUUUUUCCGAAUUUUUCUGAAUAUGGAAUUAGAUACUGUAACGGAAGGAAAAUUAAGCAGUGGUAUGAUUAUAAAGGAUGCACUCAUGCGGAAGAAUUGAAUUUUAUAUUAAACAAGUAUUUUAUGAUUAGACGUCUUAAAGAUCAAGUACUUAAUCAGUUACCGCCGAAAUCUAGACGUCAAAUUAUUAUUAAUUGUGGACUUAAUAUUGAUCGUAAAAAUAUUUCACUUGUUGGUGAUAAUGUUGAGCAGACUGCAAUGGGAAUGUACAGAGAAGCGGCAACACAGAAGCUAGAACCAGUAAAAAUGUAUAUAGAUACUAUAUUAGAGAAGAAUAUUAAAUUUAUUAUAUUUGCGCAUCACUUAAGUAUGAUGGAAGGAUUAUCUUUUUAUCUCGCAGAUAAAAAAGUAAAUUUUAUCAAAAUGGACGGGUCAGUAAUUACAAGUCAUCGUCAACGAUUAGUGAAUGAAUUUCAGAAUAAUGGUAAUGUAAGAGUUGCUUUACUGAGUGUUACUGCAUGUAAUACAGGGUUGACACUAACAGCAGCCAAACUUGUUGUGUUUGCUGAGUUAUAUUGGAAUCCCGGUACACUUCUUCAAGCAGAAGAUCGAAUUCACCGCAUUGGACAGAGUAGUAGCGUAGAUAUUCAUUAUUUAGUUUGCAAAGGAACUGUAGAUGAAUAUGUAUGGCCAAUAUUACUAAAGAAAUUGAACGUUUUACAGAGCCUUGGGAUGGGAAAAAAUAAUUUAAAGAAUGCUGAAUGUAAAAAUAUUGAAAUUGAACAGACAACAUUGGAUAAAUUUACAAAUAAAUAA